CUUAGAUAGGCAAGUACCAUUAGUGGAAGUUAGGAAUGGAGAAAAUGUCGUUUGAUUGGGGGGAGGAAAUGCAGUUACGAGAACACAUCGGUCGGAGCUGCAUGCCCGUGUGCUUGUACAGUACAUGUACUUGAACGCAUGUAGAAACCUUGUGAAUAUUCAGUUCGGGACGUGACGACUGGGUGUUGGCAUCACGAGGGGAGUUUUUGUUUGCCAACUUUGUCUAUACGAGUGUCCACAUGUCCGUAUGUGCCGUUUGAUAUAUGCGCGUGAUGUGUAGGGUGCAUAAUGUCGUUGAGAACGUCGACAAGCAUCGGCAUCUGUCCCGAGACGCACAAGCGCUUAGCAGAACCGUUUCCUCCUUGUGCGAAAUCGGUGUGGCGUCGUGACGGUCAUACGUGGAUCCACGAAGCAACCAGAGAGGACUUUGAAGAGGACUCAUGGAUGACCGUCGUCCCGUACAUGAACCGGCCUCUUGACGGCUGGUGCGGUGGUACUUGGAACGCGAUUAAGAGUGGUUGCCCUUGGGCAAGUCAGUACAAGUUUGCCAAUAUGUUAGAGUUCGGGAACCUCAUUACAUUGCCUAAUGGUGUCCUCGAGCACAAGCUCCUGAACUGGCAACGUCGUCAGCAAUUCGAAGGGGGCGCUGCUGGACAUGCAUUUGUUCGAGGGGUUCGGAACACCCCUUUCUACAAUGACCUCGUGCGGCAGGGGGGGUUUGUUUUGGGUCGAGAGUUUUUUAACUUGUUGGAGGAGAAGGACGUCCCCUGCGACGUCGGCCCCGCCCUGGAGCUGUCAAUGCCCUUGCAGUUGUGCGGCGGUUGUGAAUCCAGUGGGGCUGCGCUAGAGGGGAGGGAUCUGGGUUCUGGUGCGGCUACAGAGCUGCAGCGGAGGGAGAGCCGCAGUCAAUUCGACGACAGCGAAGAUGAGGCAACACCACUACCGACUUCUUCGCCGUUGAGCCGAAGAGUCCAUUCCGUGUUGUCUAUACCUGGGGUCCGGCAAGCAGCACCGGUUCGAGAGGAGGUCGCAGCGGAUCCCAGAAAGGCGGCAGUCCAGUGUGAGCUCGACUUGAAGACAGCCGAGGGCCAUGGCACGGAGGACGAGACCGUGGGCGGAGAGGGAACACAGGGCACUCCGCAAAAAAAACAGGGAGAUCGUGAAGACGAUUUGGUCGGCUUUUCGAAGAAACAAAAGACCAAGGCCCCAAAGAGUGCGGGGGAGAAACGAAAGGGAACGGGGGGGGAACAGGACCGUCCGGGUAGCAAACAUCCGGCUUCGAAACAGAAGCAACCUGCGUCGGGACCUUCUUUGCCACGGCAUGCCAUCAAUGUGGACGUCGGGUACUUCCUGGAGUACAAAGACAGUGUCAGGACAAGGUGGGAGUUUGAGAUUAGCCCGGCUCAGGUCGUCGACCUCGGAAAGUGGGAGGAUCUGUACAACCAGCAGUCCCUAGAUCCCGUGCUGGUCGAAGGGAUCAAGGAAGCGAUGUGGUUGGCGUUCGAAAACAAAGAACAGUCGUACGAGUUGCCAACCUUCAAGCUCGCACCGCUGGGGCUGCAAAAACCAACUCCCAGGAACAAGGCACAACGUCUGAAGCCGGAGGAAUGGAAGGACGAGCUGGCGGGACAAUACUACUUAUAUGCGGCCGACUCCCCGUCGUUGGCGAAGCUGGGGAAGCUCAACGUGCAGGACAUGGUGCAGUUGGUGAAGCGCGACCGCGUGCUGGUCCAGUUGUGGAAUUACUACCAAUUCAAGCACGAGAAGAGGUCGGACGCGGAUUGGAUCCAAAAGCACCCUUUCCUGAAAUCGAGGUCUGUCGUGUUCAAGAAGUUCGAAAGUCGGGGAUUGGAUGACGAUUUGUGGGGCGGUAGCAGGAAAUACAUUUCUGACUCGACGUUGUUCAAGGACUGCCCGCCAUAUAUGGGUUGCGAGGAGGACCACUCGAUUGAGGCGACGGAAAAGUUGGCGGGCCACAAGAAGUUGACCGUCGACUGGAGAAACAAGGUUCUCUCCGUGUUGACUGGGAGUAGACUGAAGAGUCGGGAGAUCGCACUUGCCGAAAGCAUUGUUCACAUCAAAUGGAAAGACGCGGGGGACGUGACAUCCAUCGCGCCGUUCGGCAACAACCCUUUGGAGGCGGACAUCAGGAGUGCAGAGCUGAAGGAAGCAGUGGCUGCCACAAAGAGCCACACGUUCGUCCUCGAUCAAUGACAAGUGCUGGUUGGAAUUGACGGAGGACUACUACGAGCUCGACACGAGCCCGUCGAAGGGCGUGGUGGACUGGAAAGUGCCCCCUCCCAGUGGGCCGCACGGCAGUCCCGGGGGGGGGCACCUAGAGGUGGAGAGGACGGGGGUGGUGGUGCGGGGGGAGGCAAAGGUAUCUCGCCUAGUGGGGAGGGAGGGUCUCAUGGCGGCACCACGACACCGGGAGGCAGCGGUGGGGUGGCGGGUUUUGCCGUUGAUUGGCAUUCGUCUACUGGCCCCUGGCAGGAGCAUAGGACACAGUCUGUCGACCUCCCGACUUCGUCUGUGGGCUCAACGAGGGAGACGUUGGCAGCCUUGGUUGCUCUCGGCAGCCGCUCCGGCGAAACGUUGAAGUCCGUCGGGAUCCGAACUACGUCGGUUAAGGAGCCGCCAGAGCGGUCCGCCAUGCGGAGCCGCUCGAGGUUGGGGGAGCCAAGCCAGGAUCCCACAAUUGGCAGCGGUGCGGUGAGGGACGGAAAUGCGUCGCCUGAGCGGGAGCGACGGCCGCUACGAUUGCAGCGAGAGGCUACAAGUGCAGGGUCCGCCGACACGGAGACGAACAAGUCCGCCGAGAUCCGAACUUCUUCAGGCGGGGGGUGUCGACCAGGGAUUGUCGUGCCGCCGAGAGGGGCAGCAUGCACGGACACAGAAGGGCGGUCCUCGGGAUUAAACACGGGUACCGGGGAAGGGGCUCAAUUGCAAGGAAGGGAAGUAGGGGAGGAAAUGGAGGAAGGGAAGGAAGCGCAAGAAGGGGAGGAAGAAGGGGAAGAAGGGGAGGAAGGGGAGGAAAGAGGAGAAAGGGAGCUCAUUGAAUUGCUUGAAGGAAGAGAGGGUGAUAGAGGGGACAUGAGUAUUGGAGACGACAAAGAGCAGGACAUUGAGGACGAUGUCGAAUCUGGAGAGUCGUGUACCGAGUUCGGACAACUGUACGGAGAGCAUCACGAGGAUGAUGUCGACGACGAUGCCACGACAAUGGAAAUGGGGACACAGGUGGUUAGCAGCCUUUCUGUAGAGCCUGAAGACUAUGAGGUCCAACCACUAACAUCUGCCAUCGAUUUGCAACACCGGUUCGACGAGGCUUCCGUUGCUAUGAGCCCGUCUAAAGCAAGUCGUCGUAUAAGCAUCGACGAAGUUAUCGACUGUAUCCUCGGUGACCAGCACGUGUCCGCGCAUCCGUCCACAACGCCUGACGUCGACGACGCCGACAAUGUCACAUCUUCCGUGGCAGCUGCCCUCGCUUCCUCGCCGCCGAACUCUCCGGUACUGCCAGCCACCCUCACUGGAAGAGGGGACGACAACAUGUCACGUCCCCUAAAAAAUCUAGGGUCGGCAGUCAAGUUCUCGACGUGAUCGCUUUGCCCGUGCCAAAUUCACCGACGAAGGAGCGGAGACACAAACCGACUGGUAAGCCGUGAAGAACGCC